AUGAUGCAAGGACUGAAAAACCGAACCAGGAGAGCCCUGGGUCUAAGAAAGAAAGACAAAGACACAGACACAACGAGCUCACCUGACAAAGAAGGAGCUGGAAGUGGAAAGAAGGUAAAUAAAAAGGCCAAUGGGGCUCCCAAUGGUUUCUAUGGGGAGAUUGACUGGGACAGAUAUGCGACUCCUGAUGUGGACGAGGAGGGAUUCAGCCUCCGGCCCGGUGACGAGGGCGAUGUUGCUUCCAAAGCAAAGCACUUUUUCUCCUCCAGCGACUCUGAAGACGAUGACGAAAGCAGGAAAAAGUUCAAAAUCAAGAUCAAGCCGCUGGUGUCGGACAGUGCCAAGUGUGUCCCUCCAUCUAUGGACGAGCUAAAAGCCUCAGUGGGAGGCCUGGCUCUCUCUCCGUCUCUGAAGAGAAGUCCGAGACGCAGCCCGGGGCUGAUAAAAAGAAAUUUGUCCUGUGAGGAGAUUGCCAGACCGAGACGCUCCACCCCGACUCCAAGUCCUGCGCCUGAGAUAACAAGUGACAGGCUAUCCCAGAACGUUCCCUCCUUCUUCGGGCUGCCUUCAGAGACCAAAUAUGCCAGAUAUGAUGUGGUUCCUGCUGACAUGUGGGUAGAAUCAAGAUCACGCUCAGACUCUCCACUGGGCAUAAGUUUCCCAACAGGAGCUCCUCCUCCUCUUCCUCCAAAAAACAUUCCAUCAAGAAGUCAUUAUGGGUAUCAGUCAGAAUCAGCUGCUGAUCUAACCAAUGGGAGGGCAACUCGCAGUUCUGCCCCCAUCUACCUGAACGUCCUGUCCCCGGCCUCCUACCGAGACUCCCCGGGCCCGGACAUCGACGACGUGUUCGGCCCUGUCGACAGCCCUCAAUCCAGUGAGGAAGCCAUGUCACCCAGGUGGGUCACCUUCACUGAUGACAGACCCCCGCCACCCGAUGAACCCGCUCCCCCUCCACCGCCGGACUCUCCUGCCCCAGACACGCCCUCGUCCACCGCCUCCACGCCCUGCCUCUCCCCCGGACCGCCGCCAGACGAGCCUCCGCCUUCACCCCCACCUUUUUCUCCCGGGUCUCCUCCUCCUUUCACGCCACCGGAAUCGCCCCCCUCCAUUGUGCUCGGACCUCCUCCUCCGGAUGAGCCGGCGCCUCCCCUGCCACCGGACUUCUCUCCCUCUACAUCGCCCCCCGUCUGCCUGGAUGAGGAGCUGCUCGAUGAAGAGGUGCUGCUGUUUGCAUCGUACUCCUCCUCCCCUGCUCCCAUGAGCCCUGUGCCCCCUCUGCCAGCCGAGCGGAGGUCUCCUCGAAUAGGAGUCACUUCUCCCCUGGUGCUGGGGGGCGCUGGAGGGAAAAGAACCCCAGAGGGGGGUUACCUGAGAGAUGAUAUCCCAGACUUUGUGGGCUCGCCCAGAGAGCUGACGCCGAGCUUCAGGGGAACGCCGCCUCCUCUCCCUCCAACCACCUACAGGUCUAUCAUGUCUUCCCCCGGGCCGUACUCAGGCAGCGGCCCCUCGUCUCCAGCUCGUCCUGCCACGCCUCAGUCCCGAGGCAGCCCAGUUCCUCCGCCUCCUCCCCCCCGACCGUCCUCACGACCCAAGCUGCCCCCUGGGAAACCAAUCACAGACCUGACUCGACCCUUCAGUCCGCCGGUUUCGGGCAGCCCCCCUCCUUUCGCACCCCUGGCCCGGUCAGAGAGCUCUUCCUCCAUCUCCUCCAUUACCUCACAGAGUGCAGCGUCCACUCCGACCUUAGGGAGGGACCUUAACAUGUCCACCACAGAGGCCUCACAGCCUCUGGUAUGGUUUGACCAUGGCAGGUUUUAUUUAGCUUUUGAAGGAUGCUCCAGAGGACCCAGUCCACUCACCAUGGGACCCCAGGACACGCUGCCAGUGGCUGCUGCCUUCACAGAAACCAUCAAUGCCUACUUUAAAGGCGCUGAUCCCAGCAAUGCAAUGUCUGAGUUCAGCCUUAUCUCUCCCAGGUCCAGAUGUGUUGUGAAGAUCACAGGGGAGAUGGUGCUCUCUUUCCCUGCGGGCAUCACCCGGCAUUUUUCAAGCCACCCUACUCAGCCCAUCCUCACCUUUAGCAUCAGCAGCUACAACAGACUGGAGCAGGUCCUCCCCAAUCCACAGCUGCUCUGCUGUGAUACCACGACAGAGACUGUCGACACCAAGGAGUUCUGGGUAAAUAUGCCAAACUUGAUGAGCCAUCUGAAAAAAGUGGCUGAACAGAAGCCUCAGGCCACUUACUACAACGUGGAUAUGAUCAAAUAUCAGGUGUCAGCAGAUGGGAUCCAGUCCACUCCUCUGAAUUUAGCAUUGAGUUGGCGAGGCGACGGCACCAACACAGACCUUAGAAUAGACUACAAAUACAACAAUGAGGCCUUGGCUGCUCCUGUGCCACUACACAACCUUCACUUUCUGGUACCUGUGGAUGGAGGCACAGCCAAACUCCAGGCCAUGAUCCCACCUGCCAUCUGGAAUCCAGAGCAGCAGACGAUACAGUGGAAGAUUCCCAGCCUCUCUCAUAGAUCUGACAAUGGAGGAGUAGGGGCUCUCCUGGGCCGGUUCCAGAUGAGAGAGGGUCACUGUAAACCGUCCCAGCUGGCGGUGCAGUUUACCAGUGAGGGCAGCACUCUGUCAGGCUGCGACAUCCAGCUGGUUGGCACCGGUUAUCGGCUAUCACUGGUCAAGAAGAGAUUUGCUGCAGGGAAAUAUUUGGCGGAUAAUUAGUGGACCUGUUUGUGAAGGGAUCCAAGAGAAUCAAUGGCUUUUGACUGUGACGACAAUGGACCCAUCUCAUGUUUAGUGUGUUUCACUUUAUCUUUAGCAACCAUUGGAAUGAAUGGUUGAGAUUAAACAGACUACAACACAGGUACAUGAUAUUUGACCUUAUGACAUCACAUUCAGUAGACCAACUGCUGCUGAGUUUAUGCAAGUAAACACAAAUCCUUAGUUCUGUGUACGUGGAAAUCUUCAAGGGUGUCACAGAGUUCAGUACAGAGAAAACAUGAUUUGUUAUUGUUGACAUAAUUGUGGAUUCAUGCAGUGAUCCAGCCUUAUUCAUUUCAAUUCCUUUUGUCUAACUGGUUGUCAUUGCAAAAUGCACUGUAACAGAUAAUGUGAAUAGAUUAUAUAAUAUAAAAACAAUCUUAAACAAGGUGGAAA